AUUUUAUGCUGUAUAUGCAUAAAUCGCGAAGGAAUCGAACGAUCAUUUAUGUGAACGUAAGAAGGUUUUCGUCAUCGUUCAUUCAAUUUUUUAAUGACUCGACACUUUUUUGUCAUUAUGGAUACGUAAUCACGUUUAGAAUUGAUCUAAGAAUAUUGAUGAAAAGAAGAAUUUCUAAACAGAACUGGUUUAUUGUUCAAGUGGACACGCACAACAGUUUAUUCGGUGUGUAGUUGAUGAACAUAUUGCUGUGAAAUUUCUGGAAAAUCAAACCAAAAAUGCAUAGAUCACGACUGAGUCUUUUGAAUGGUCACAGAUUGUUCACCAAAUUGAAACUAGUUCGCCAGUUUGCCACAGUAAUUGAACAAAGGGCUGGAACAUCAUUAAAAUUGGACGCAGAAUGGGAAACAGCUAUACCAUACAGCAGUAUACCGGGUCCAAGUAAAUAUGCCUUAAUUCGUGGUUUUGCUCCUGGAGGAAAGUAUCAUGAUUUGCCGAUCGUUGAUAUGCAUCGUGCGAUGCGAAAUGAUUUCGGUGAUGUCGUUCGAAUUCCGGGCUUAUUGGGCCGGGCCGACACACUGAUCACAUUCGAUCCGAGCAUUUUCGAAAAAGUGUUCCGCACUGAAGGCCAGUUCCCCCGGCGUCGUGGAUUGGAAACAUUUAUUUAUUAUCGAAAAAAAGUGCGACCCGAAGUGUUCGGUGAUACCGGCGGUUUGUUGAGUGAACAUGGUGAAAGAUGGUUGGAUGUACGAUCAAAAGUGAAUCCGGUUAUGUUGCAGCCAAAAAUCGUUAAAAUGUAUGUGGAGAAAGUGGAUCAGAUUGCAACUGAAUUUUUGGAGAAAAUGAAAACGAUGCGCAAUACAGAAACAAUGGAAAUGCCAUCAAACUUUGGACAUGAAUUGAAUUGUUGGGCACUUGAAUCGAUCGGUGUUAUUGCACUCGACGAACGAUUGGGCAUUUUACAUAAUGCACAACAUGUUCACGGUCAAACAAUCAUCAACAGUGUAAAAGAUUUUUUCAUUCUUGCCUAUGAACUGGAUGUGGCACUUUCAUUUUGGAAAUUUUAUAAAACACCCAAAUUCUAUAAGCUGAUGAAUGUGUUUGAUCAAAUGACCGAAACGAUAAUGCAUUACGUUGAUAAAGCUGUGAAACGACUUGACACCAUUGAUCAAACAAAAAGUGAUGCAAGCGAUCGUAGUGUUUUGGAGAAAUUGUUGUUGAUUGAUCGACGAAUUGCAAUGGUUAUGGCUUUUGAUAUGAUUUUGGCUGGCGUUGACACCACUUCAGCGGCGUUGGUCAGUUGUUUGUAUCAUUUGGCCCAAAAUCCCGAUAAGCAAAUUAAACUACGGGAAGAGGUGUGCAAAUCAUUACCAUUGAAAUCGUCAAAGUUGACCACAGACAGCCUGAACAGUAUGCCAUACAUGAGAGCUGUAUUGAAAGAGGCGCUCCGUAUAAGUCCGGUGUUGGCUGGUAAUGCUCGUCAAACAGGCCGCGAUAUUGUAUUGAAUGGCUACCAAGUGCCAGAAGGUACUGAAGUAGCCAUGGCCACGGUGGUUUUGCAAAAUGAUCCCGAAUAUUGUCCAAAAACCGAUGCAUUUAUUCCAGAGCGUUGGAUUAAAGGAGAUCCCCUAUAUGAUGAUUCAAAAAUGCAUGGCAAUAAUUCAUUCGUUUAUUUGCCAUUUGGUUUUGGUCCACGGUCAUGUAUCGGACGACGAUUUGCUGAAAUGGAAAUUUUCAUAAUGCUUUCAAGAAUCAUUCGUGAGUUUAAUGUUGAGUACCACUAUGGGCCAUUGAAAUAUAAGACGAGUAUCAUUUUGUCACCAGAUGAAGAUUUAAAAUUCAAAUUGACCGAUACAAAGCAUUAAAUGAUUGUAUUUCCAAUGUCCGCAGCUUAACGAAUUGUUCAGUGUGUAUUUCUUUUGUUUUUCCUCUCUCUCGCAUUAAUAAAUAACAUUUAUACGCACAAAUACUUAAGUAUGCAUUGAA